GACUGUUGCCGUAUGACUAGCCUCAGCUCCACUUCUCCUCUCCUCCUCCUCGGGCCAAGAGUGGAGUCAGAUCAAAUCGAUGGCAUAGUUUCUGUUAUUUGUGCGGAAAAAUGAGUUUUGAGAUGAACAAUUGACCUGUUAUCGGACACCGGGUGGCCUGCUAGUCGUCGGUCAGGUCGACGCUCCGUGUGUGAAACUGGGACGAUCGACCAGGCAGUUUGUUUAGCCAAUGAUGAUUUGAUAAACAAAGAGGGCCCAGUAACGUCCCCCAACCCGUCAGUGCUCGUCAUCUGAUCUGCUGCCUCCGGCGCCUCAGUCUCGCAAUGACUGACGGGGAACGGCAGUGCUCGGCGGCCGCCGCGUUCAUGAUUAUGUCAUGUUCUUGCUUUGUCAGUGUUUUUUGUCUGUGAGAAAUCAUUGUGGAUCUGAAUACAUCAAUUUAUCAGUUGGUUCCAGUAUUGGUUCAUCAGGCGGAAAUCCGUUGAAAAUCUUUUAAUGACUGGACAAGAUGUAAUUGGAAGCAGUAUUGGUUCUUCACUUACAUUUAACACAAUGACUCUACCUAAUGUAUCUUCUCAAACAAUAACGCAAGGGCAACAGAGUCAAAUUACUGGAGAAUCUAGCCCAAAUCCAAGUCCUCAGCCAAGCCCUCGACCAUCGCCCCGUCAGCACAAAAAGGAUCAACAGAAAUCAGACUCAGGAUCAAACACAAAAGAAUCAAGUCCAGCAACUGACCGAUUUGAUGUGAGCAACAUAGACUUGGUUCUUUUACGUGAGAAAUCCAUUGAUCAGAGUGAAAGAAAGUCUUUGGGUUCAUCCUCUCAAGCAAGCUCAAAUUCAGCUGCUAGUGGAAAAUCAGGCAAUCACAGCAGUGGAGUAUCUAGUUCUGGAAAAAGCUCUUGGUCGAUAUCCCGUUCAUGCUCUACUACAAGUGAUACAUCUUUCCAUACUACUGAGGAUAAUGUCAGUCGAGGAUCAGAUUCAAGCCAAGCUGACAUAAGCCGUAGCAUAAGUCAUGAAAGUGCUAAAGAAAGGAAAGAAUCAAGAGGAUCAGAUCGCUCAAAGAAAAAGUCUUCGUGGUACAAUAUACUCUACCCCACUUACAAGUCGAGGAGCAAAGAUUUCAAUAGAAUAUUUAAAGAUGUGCCUCCAGAAGAGAGACUCAUAGUUGAUUACUCAUGUGCGGUAGCCAAGGAAAUCCUCAUUCAUGGCCGCCUUUAUGUUUCACAAAAUUAUUUGUGUUUCUACGCCAAUAUCUUUCGCUGGGAAACACUGAUUUCACUUCGCUGGAAGGAUGUCACUGCAAUAACCAAAGAGAAAACUGCUCUUGUUAUUCCAAAUGCUAUCCUAGUAUGUACAGAAACUGAAAAUCUUUUCUUUACUACAUUUGGAGCCAGAGACAAAGCAUAUCUCAUGCUUUUCCGAGUGUGGCAAAAUGCUCUCAUGGAUCAGCAAAUGUCAAUGCAGGAGAUGUGGCAGUGGGUUCACGCUUGCUAUGGGCAAGAACUAGGACUCACAAGUGAGGAUGAAGACUACAUAGAGCCACUGCCAAUAGUUGAAGGAAACUCACGACUUUCAAUGGAAUCAUUCUCUGAGGAUGGUCUAGCAUCCCCGGAAGAUUCUCUUCGUGUUGAUGAUAGUAAACCCCAGACUUUAAUUCCUGUUUUGUCUGCUGAAUUGGCAAGUAUGGAGGUUACUGGGAAUUCAGCUGUUCAAACUGCCCAGCCCUUGCCUUCCAUAUCAUCACCCUCAUCAGUGACGUCCCCUAACUCGAUAAGUACUAAUAACCCUGAGGCUCAACUUGAUACAGACAUGAGUGAUACUACUGAAUCUGAGGCUGAUAAAGUAUCUGAUUUGAUUGGCCUCUCCAGUGGUUCUGGUCAAUGUACAUCUCAGCAUGAUGGUCGACAGAUGCUACAAGUUGUACUUCCAGUAUCAGUUGAUCAAUUAUUCACCCUAUUCUUUACAAACUCAAAGUUCUUUGUAGAUUUUCAUGUUGCAAGGAACUCAUGUAAUAUCAAGCCAUCCGCAUGGGCCCAAAAUGCAAAGAAUGAAAGAUUGCGAACAGUGUGCCUUACUGUAAAUAUUAAUCAGGCCGUGGUUGGUAAGCGACAAUCUCAAGUCACUGAAACUCAGGCUAUGUUAAAAUGUAGUAAACCAGGUAAAAUGUACGCAAUCGAGUCUGACUGUCAGAAUGCUGGAAUUCCAUACGCUGAUUCUUUUUCAAUAAUCACACAUUAUUGCCUCAACAAAGUCAGUGAAACUGAAUCAUCUUUUGCUGUGUAUUGUGAUAUUAAAUAUAAAAAAUCAGUUUGGACCGUUGUCAAAAGUUUUAUUGAAAAGCAUACUUGGGCAGGCUUAGACGAAUUUUAUGCUGCUCUAGAAAAGGCACUGCAAGCCGAGUGUUGUGCUGAUGAGGAAAUUGCGGAAGAUGUUGAAGUAGCACCCAAAAUAAGAAGACGGCUUCGCAGUUCCUCACGGCGUUUAUCCUCUUCACGACAUAAUGAUGAAGUCCUGGUUCCGAGGGCUAGGUCAUCUACAGGGAGGCGCUCUCUGCCUCGAGGCUCAGUUGGAGCUGCGGAAAAUUCUUUUGACAGUGUUGGUGCAAGGCAAGUCAUCCCUGCUGUGACAAAUGGCGUGGAAACUGUUAAUGUGGUUAUCCUUGGAAUACUAAUAUUACUUCUAGUCUUGAAUGGAGCUUUGUAUUAUAAGCUGAUUUGUUUGGAAAGGUGGUCUGCAAUUGACCCAAUACCUGUAGGAUUAAAUGAAGAUCUGCAGUCAUUAAGGUACAAAAUAAGCAAAAACCCUCCUACAACACAAGAAGAAUGGAUGCGUUUGCUGAGGCAGCAAGAGUCUUUGCACACUUUAGAAAUGCAAAAGUGGCAGAAAGUUUUGCAAUCAUCAGUCAUUCUUUUAAGAGAGACUGAAGACUCUCUGAAGGAGCUGCAAAUGAGUAUACAACCAAGAGUGAAACACAAAAUUACACCUGCUAUAAAAGAGUUAACAGACAAUGUUGACAAAAGUCAAUAUGACAACUCAUAGCCGUAAAGAAUUUGUUAAAUAUCUUUAGAAUUUUUCUCGUUAUGUACUAUGGAGGAGAAAUGUGAUAGUUUCAUUUAUACUGAGUAAGUUGUACUGUAAUCAAAUUACUUUCUGGCAAUUGACUACUCAGGGCAUGUGUUAAAUCUCAUUUUUUGCUCUUUGCCUUUAUCUUUUGAUAAGCUGCAACCUCUAUAUUACAAUUAUUUUUUUGGUUUAAACCUCAAGUAUUAGGCAUUGUUCCUUUUUACAUGUCUGUUUGGGAUUUUAAUUUAUCUAUGUACUGAUGGCAGGAAUGCUAUCUCGAGUCGGAGCUGAGUCAUCUAUCACUUAAGUUAGUAAAAAGGAAAGGGAAGUUGUGUCUUCCUUUUUUGUUAUAUCUUGCCACCUGAAAAAGCUCUGGUGCUAUAAAAGUAGCUCACAUGCACUUCUUUUGUAAUUCUUCAUUACUCUGUUUCUCUUUUAAUAAGUGGGUUUGGAGGAUUCACUGUCUUCAACUCAGAUGAUCAACCUUAGCUUAUCAAAUCAUCAGUUCCUACCUCUCAUAAUCAUGUUACUGUAAUUGUUAGUGUCACGUACCAGCAUCUAUGUAAAGAUUUAUGUUAGUACAAAUAUAAUUUUAUUGUUGAACUGUUUUCUGAUCAAUAUUGUUCUGAAGGAUUUUCUUCAGUUACUAGUGUCCAAACGAACGGAACCCAUGGAGACCGUACCAGGGUUUGCCAUUUGCUUUGAAUUUAUUAGUGGAGUAAUUCCACUUGCAGGAUUGUUUUAUGUUGUGUUAAAUGUCUGAAUCUUUAACUUUUUAUAUUUGCUGUACACCAAAAAUAUUCUUUGUUACACAACUGUUGUUUUUGUUGAUUUUGUAAGUAAUAUUUGUUGUCAUUGUGUAAGGCCAAUUAAUUUGGUCUUGGUUGUUCCAAGUUAGGCAAGUACAUUCAUAAAAUUGAGGAGAAUUGCUUUUUCAUGAAAUUCAUAUCAACAUUUACUAGAACCUCAGCUCAUCAGCAUAAAGCUCUUAUACAGGCCCUGUUUACUGCUGUAUUAAAGCAAGUCAGAUGUAACAUGCUAUAUUGGGACCACUUUGUAACACUGAAAGUACUUUUAAAUCCAAAGUUUUAAGAAGUGUUGCAACAAACACUCAAAAUGGAUUUAGUCUCGGCGAAGCUGAAGCCACCCUGUGAUUUGCUUUUAGUAACCUGAUUGGCUGAAACCAGCUCCGACCCAUCAGUUUACUCAUAACCAACGACUGGGCGGCUACAGCCUAGCUACACCAAGACUAAAUCCAUCAUCAUGGCAUGCUACUCAAUUAACCAAGCUGGCUGCUUAUCUUUUAAAAAUGCGCACAUUAAUGUCUCAACAUUAAAACGCAACAAUCUGCACAAACAGGUAGUGAUUUCAACUGCUAGUAAAGUGAAACAUUGUUCUCUGCUGAUAAAAAGUGAUAACUGUCUGUGGUACAAUGUAGUUGCUAAGCUUGUUUCUUGUACUGUAUUUCGUACUUACUGAUACUAGUCUGUACCACAAUUAGGUGCUGAAUUAAAUGUAAUAUUCAUAUAUUUUGAGCAACAAUAAAAAGCCAAAUGGAAGUGA